UUCAUGUAAACGCAUGAGCACACAGCACAAUACAGAACACUCAGCAAGUAAGCAAUCAAGAUACAUAUAACUAGAAAUGAUUAAUUGCAAUAUUUAUAAAAAAUAAUUUACUUCAUCAUUCUUAACCUGUCCGCUUCGCCGCUCCAGCCCAGCAGAUGGGAGUAAAGCUUUGCCAAGCAACAUGGCGAGUGACGACUGGCAGUCAAAUUAGAAGAAGAAGAAGAAAACAACCACAAAUGCAAAGCAGUCUUUUCUUACCGAUUUACAACCAGUUUUAUUUUACAUAGUUUCGUUUACGCAGAGGACUACAAAAUGAAGACAGUCUUGAUGGUGGCAGAAAAACCUUCCCUGGCUCAGUCAAUAUCCAGAAUUCUCUCCAAAGGAAAUUGUACAAGCCGAAAGGGGCUGAAUGGAUCGUGUUCGGUCCACGAAUACACCGGCAACUUUCAUGGACAAACCGCACACUAUAAGAUGACUUCAGUAUGCGGACAUGUGAUGAGUCUCGAUUUCAUUGGUAAGUACAACAACUGGGAUCAGGUGGACCCUGCAGAACUCUUCAGCAAAGCUCCGACAGAAAAGAAGGAGGUCAACCCCAAACUCAACAUGGUCAAAUUCCUACAAGUUGAGGCCAGAGGCUGUGAUUAUUUGGUGCUAUGGUUGGACUGUGAUAAAGAAGGCGAGAACAUCUGUUUUGAGGUUAUUGAUGCUGUACAGCCCGUCAUGAAGGGGAGCGGCAGAGAGAGGAGCGUUUACCGUGCCAGGUUCAGUUCCAUUACUGACACUGACAUCUGGAACGCUAUGAACCACCUUGGAGAGCCCAACCUCAAUGAAUCCCGUUCUGUGGAUGCACGGCAGGAACUGGAUCUACGUAUCGGCUGUGCCUUUACCCGGUUCCAAACCAAAUAUUUCCAAGGAAAAUAUGGAAAUCUGGACUCGUCUUUGAUAUCAUUUGGACCUUGCCAGACUCCAACUCUUGGUUUCUGUGUGGAACGUCACGAUAAAAUCCAGUCCUUCAAACCAGAGAACUACUGGGUUAUACAUGUAAAGGUGUUCCGUGGGAAGGACACCCCACUUACUCUUGAUUGGAAUCGGGGUAAAGUCUUUGACAAAGAUGUGGGGCAGAUGUUUGUCAGCCUGGUUAAGACAUCCAAGGAAGCUCAGGUGGAGUCAGUGACUAAGAAGGAGAAGAGUAAGCAGAGACCCGAGGCUUUAAACACAGUAGAGAUGUUGAGAGUGGCAAGCUCUGCCUUGGGCUUGGGUCCUCAGUAUACAAUGCAGAUUGCCGAGCGUUUGUACACGCAGGGUUUCAUAAGCUAUCCUCGUACUGAAACCUCCCACUAUCCAGAAAACUUUGACCUGAAGGGAACACUGAAGCAGCAGACCAAUUGUCCUUUGUGGGCAGAGGAGGUGAAAACUCUACUUUCAAAUGGCAUAAAUCAUCCCAGGAAAGGAGUUGAUGCUGGGGACCAUCCACCCAUUACUCCCACACGUGCAGCCUCAGAAGAAGAACUAGGAAGUGAUGGCUGGCGGCUUUAUGAGUACAUCACAAGACAUUUCAUAGCCACGGUCAGUCACGACUGCAAAUACCUACAGACCGUUAUUACCUUCAAUAUUGGCAGUGAAAUGUUCACAUGUAGUGGCAAAACCCCCAUAUCAUCAGGUUAUACGGCUGUGAUGCCGUGGCAGGGUAUCCCUUUGGAGGAAGCCCUGCCUGUCUGUCAGAGUGGAGACAUUUUUACAGUAGACGAGAUCAAGCUGGUGGAAAAGCAGACAACCCCUCCAGACUUCUUGACCGAGGCUGAACUCAUCACUCUUAUGGAGAAGCAUGGCAUUGGUACUGAUGCCAGCAUCCCUGUCCACAUUAACAACAUCUGCCAAAGGAACUAUGUGACGGUAGAGAAUGGACGCAAGUUGAAGCCAACCAACCUGGGCAUAGUCCUUGUACACGGCUACUACAAGAUUGAUGCAGAGCUGGUCCUGCCCACCAUUCGCAGUGCCGUUGAAAAGCAACUUAAUCUCAUUGCACUUGGGAAGGCCAACUUCCAGCAAGUGCUGCAGCAUGCGUUGGACAUUUUCAAGAGAAAGUUUCACUAUUUUGUGGAUUAUGUUUCUGGUAUGGAUCAAUUGAUGGAGGUCUCAUUUUCCCCAAUUGCUGCAGCCGGAAAGCCGUUGUCUCGCUGUGGCAAAUGCCAUCGGUUCAUGAAAUUCAUCCAGGCCAAGCCCAGUCGGCUGCACUGCUCCCAUUGUGACGAGACGUAUAGUCUCCCCCAGAAUGGAGCCAUCAAGUUGUACAAGGAACUUCGCUGUCCUCUGGAUGACUUUGAGCUGGUGCUGUGGACCUCCGGGACCCGAGGCAAAAGUUAUCCACUGUGCCCCUACUGUUUCAGCAAACCACCUUUCAGGGAUAUGAAAAAAAAUGUAGGAUGCAACGAGUGCACCCAUCCCUCCUGCCAGCACUCCAUGAACGCUUUAGGUAUUGGACAGUGUGUGGAGUGCGGUGGCGGAGUCUUGGUGCUGGAUCCAACAUCCGGGCCCAAAUGGAAGAUGUCCUGUAAUAGAUGCAAUGUAGUCGUUCACUUCUUUGAACAUGCGCAUAGAGUACAGGUUGCUCAAGGGACUUGCAAUGCAUGCGAGGCUUCCCUGGUCACAGUGGACUUCAAUAAGGCCCGCACGCCACUUCCUGCUGGUGAGACCCAGCACAAUGGCUGUGUUUUCUGUGAUCCGGUCUUCCAGGAUCUUGUGGAGAUUAAACACGCUACCAUGAGGCACCCCAUGCACCGAGGCGGGGGCGUAAGAAGAGGACGCGGGCGAGGUAAAGGGCGGCGUGGCCUCCCUAAAAAACCCAAGGACAAAAUGGAUGAAUUAGCCGCAUACUUUGUGUAGUGUAUUACUUUUUGUCCAUAUCUGUCAACACACAUUCUACAUUUGAAGGACUAUAAGUCACACUUUUUUAUAGAUAAUUUCACAGACAGCCACAAAAGGGCACUAUAUAGAACAGGGGUCUCAAACUCAAUUUACCUGGGGGCCACUGGAGCUAGGGUCUGGGCAAGGCUGGACCGCAUCAGGUUUUCAAAAAAAAAAACAAACGCAUUUAUUAAAAACAGAAAAAUAUACAAACUUUUUCAGUGCUUUGGUUCCGAUUUUCUACAAUAAAAGCUCUGAUAAAACAUUCCACUGUUCUCAAAUAUCUUAAUUUUUAUUUUUCUGCACAAAAUAAGAUAAAUAAAUGAACAAAUCAAGAAUAAAGAAAAUCAAUCAGUAAUAAAUAAAUAUAAUAAUAAUAAUAAAACGGCAAAUAAUAGUUACCACUUCCACACGGAUAGGGAGGAUAACUAUUAACAGUUAUUUAACCUUUAACAUGAACAUUAAUCAAAUGUAAUAAUUUUUUCUGGGUACAUGAUACCAUACAGCAUCCAUAUCAAACUUGCGCGGGCCGCACUAAUAUUAAACUUUCAUAUCAAGACGGGGGCCUCAAACUAGCGUCCUGCGUGCCACAUUUGGCCCGCGGGCCGCGUGUUUGAGACCCCUGAUAUAGACUUUCACACCGAUAUCACCUACUCCUGAACAAUUCAAUAUUUAAACAGUAGACAUUAGCAUUAGCAUUAGAAAAUUGAUGACAAAUUGAAGAGACGGAUAGUUGGAAUUGUAUCCAAAGAGCCCAGAACAACCACCAAAGAAAUUAAAGGUGAACUCCAAGAUGUCAGAUGGCACCAUUGUUGUUCAUCGUUGUUUUGAGUCAAAGUGGACUUCAUGGGAGACGACCGAGGAGGACACCACUGUUGAAAACUAAUCAUAAAAAAAAGCGAGACUGGAGUUUGCGGAAAAUGCAUGUUGACAAGCCGCAGAGCUUCUGGGAGAAUGUUCUAUGGACAGAUGAGUCAAAACUGGACUUUUUUUUGGUAAGGCACAUCAACUGUAUGUUCAUAAACUGAAAAAUCAAGCCGAUGAAGAAAAGAACAAUGUCCCUUGGUCUCAUGGCUCUUUCAACAGGACAACGAUCCAAAACACACUGUGUAUGUGCGAGUGUGUGUGUGUUGUCUUUAUUUUUUUUUAACAUGAA